CAUUUCACGCUGGAAACACACACACACGCGAGGGAUGCGUCUGCGCAUUCGCGUUUUAUUUUACACCAUUCUUACAUUCCUAGAAAUUCUUUAACCUCUGCGUCCUCACGCGGUUUAGAUCAAUCACCAAUAUCCUCAAUUUGCUCUGUAAUCACUGAUCUCAGAUCUAGGGUUUUGAUUCUUCUGGAUGCUGAAGUUGCGAAAGUCUUCUUCCUCUCUGUCUCAUUUCUCGUUUUUACUAUUGCAGUCGAGCUGGUUCGCGUAUUACUGGACGCUAAAUUUGGAUAAUGAGAUUCUGAGACGGAUCGGAGAGAGGGUUAUUGCAUAGAAGGUUGAAGAUGAGUGAAGGGCAGCGGUUUCAGCUGGGAACUGCUGGGGCACUGAGUUUGUCAGUGGUUUCAUCCGUGUCGAUUGUGAUUUGCAACAAGGCGCUUAUUAGCACGCUUGGCUUCACUUUUGCUACAACUUUGACAAGCUGGCAUCUUUUGGUCACAUUUUGUUCCCUCCAUGUGGCUUUAUGGAUGAAAUUGUUUGAGCACAAGCCUUUUGAUCCAAGAGCUGUGAUGGCCUUUGGUGUCCUAAAUGGGACUUCCAUUGGACUUCUAAAUCUUAGCUUGGGUUUCAACUCCGUUGGUUUCUACCAGAUGACAAAACUGGCAAUUAUUCCCUGCACAGUUAUUUUGGAGACUAUCUUCUUCAGGAAGAAAUUCAGUCGAAAGGUCCAGCUAUCGCUUGCCAUCCUUCUUUUGGGUGUUGGAAUUGCAACUGUGACCGAUCUUCAGCUAAAUGUCCUGGGUUCUGUCUUAUCCCUUCUUGCAGUUGUUACUACCUGUGUUGCUCAGAUUAUGACCAAUACCAUCCAGAAGAAGUUCAAAGUUUCUUCAACCCAACUGUUGUAUCAAUCUUGUCCGUAUCAGGCAAUCACUUUAUUCAUCACCGGUCCAUUUGUUGAUGGGCUGUUGACAAAUCAGAAUGUGUUUGCUUUCAAAUAUACCCCUCAAGUGCUGGCAUUUAUCGUUCUAUCCUGCCUCAUCUCAGUCUCUGUGAACUUCAGUACCUUUCUGGUCAUAGGAAAGACGUCUCCAGUCACCUAUCAGGUCCUCGGACAUCUGAAAACAUGCCUAGUAUUGGCCUUUGGCUAUGUUCUGCUUCAUGAUCCAUUCAGCUGGCGGAACAUUCUAGGGAUCCUCAUUGCUGUGAUUGGGAUGGUACUCUAUUCCUACUACUGUACCGUUGAGAACCAGCAAAAGGCUAGUGAAGCAUCAGCACAGAUGUCCCAGGUGAAGGAAAGUGAAUCUGAUCCUCUAAUAAGCGCGGAAAGCGAAGCUGGCAUCAUAAAUGAUGGAGUGGUUCAGAAAGCCCCAAUGUGGAGUAAAAACAAGGACCUGCUUGCAUGAAUAUUUUUCUCCAUUUUUAUUAGUCCCUGUUAUUCAGCCUAGUCCCUGAGUCUCCAGCGGUAUGAAGAUGUCGCUGCGGCUGGUAGGAUCUCUACACCGCGUUUGCCCUUUUUGAGGAGACUACAGAUUCUGUUCUAGUGAUUAAACCCAAAAAAAGAAAAAAAAAAGCAUCCCUUUUAUAGCAGUUUUAGUCAUUUACUACCUUCGUAAGACUUAGGUGUGCCAUAUAAAUGCAUAUUUUUUGUGGGCUAUUGCUGUCCAAAUAUUAUACCACCUAUAAAAAGCCCCUUCCUUGACUGCAAUUCUUGAGAUUGUUCCCUUGAAAAAUUAAGACCUAAGCCUUGAAGAGGAUUUAUAAUCUUCGGCUCAAGAUUUUGCUUUUUCUCUGCGGGUAAUUGUUGUCUU